AUGGUGGGUGCAAGCAUUGCGAAUUUCACUGAAAUCCGGGGGUACAUCAAAGGUCGCGCUGUAUUAGGAAAGUCUGCGACUGAAAUUUUCAAGGACGUUGUGGACAUUUAUGGUAAAGGUUGGAUGUCUUAUAGGACUGUUUGUAGAUGGGCUAAGAAGUUUGCUUCAGGCAGAGUGUCAAUUGAAAAUGACACAAAAACUGGAAGAAAAGUCAGCAUCAGCACCAAACUUGCUGAAGCCAGAAUUCAAGAACUGUUGCUUGAAGAUGCGCGGUAUACAGUGCGUGAGCUAGCGAAACUAACGGGGGUUUCAUCAUCAACAGUUCACUUCAUUCUUAAAAAGCAGCUAAAAGUUAGGAAGAUUACAGCACGCUGGAUUCCACAUCUCCUGACUGUUGAACAAAAGAGGUCACGUGUCCAAUGUGCUCGUAAAAUACUGAAAAUGGCACAAAAGAUUGAGAAAAACAACUUUCCUGACUUGGUUAUGGGUGAUGAGACCUGGAUAUACUUCGAAAACUACGAACCCCACAGGAAAAUAAGUAACAAAGUUUGGGCUACAAAAGCUGCAAAGAGGCCUUGUAUUGCCAAACGAACAAUGAGUGUGCGUAAGAUGUUGUACGCCAUUUUCUUUACAGCACGUGGUCUAGCCAUACAGGUACCUGUACCAAAGGGAAGAGGCAUCACAGGCAAAUUCUACCGUGAUGUUGUCUUGAAAAAGCUGGACAAAUACUUCGGGAAAAUUCAGCCGAAAAGUGGCAUGAGACACAUUAAAUUGCUCCAUGACAACGCCCCUGUCCACAAGGCUGCUAUAGUGACGGACUUUUUGUCGGGAAAACAUGUGACUGUACUCCAGCAUCCCCCGUACUCGCCAGAUUUGUCCCGAUGUGAUUUCUUCCUGUUCCCCAGACUUAAGAAAAUUCUCGCUGGAAGAAAAUAUUCCAAGAGACCUUCAGUUGGUUCUGCCAUAUACCAGUGUCUCAUCAGUAUACCCACAAAAGACUACAUCCGGGCGUUUCAGAUGUGGCUGAAGAGACUGAAAAUUUGA